UGUUGACCGGAAUGCACGAGAAGUUCGGAUGUUUUUGUUGGAAAAUAUAUUUAUAUUUCGAAUGCCUAUAAAAUAUGAAAUGUGUCGCUAUGAAAACAGCCGAGCCUUCAAGGAUUGGAAGCGCCUGACAAGCAUCACGCUCACUAUUCUUCCGUUCAUUUGUAUAAACUUUAAUAAUGACAUAUCGGAAAUAAUGAGAAGGACACUUGUCCAACUAACACAUUAUCCUUCAAAUAUUUUGGAAUUAAGUGGUAAGUUAGUGAAAAAGAACUUUGGGUCAACUUUUAAUUUCAAUCCAUUCAUUCAAGUAAAUCGUGGUAAGCGCGUUAAAUCGAGUGGUGCGAAAAGCACUGCUGGAACAAGAAUCUCAACAAUUCUAUCAAUUACAGGGAACAAUCAUUCAGUGCUAUUGGGAUCAAGGAGAAGACAUCCACACCACCAUCUAAUAUAACAUCUAACUUUAUCGAAUUAAAGUCAUACAGCCGUUUGGUAAUUGUUUCAAAAGAGAUACAGUAACACAAGGAUUCUAGUUUCAGUUAUCUUUGGUAGAAUCGGUCGUGGGGUCAGC